UGUACCCAGACCCUCUUGUUCACGGAGGCAGGUGGAAAAUUGUGCUGCCUGCCUGGGAUACAAUAGAGGCUCAGGAACAAGAUGAACUGGCCCCAUUCCUGCAUCUCCUUUUGCUGGAUUUACUUUGCUGCCUCCAGACUGAGAGUUGUAGAAAUGGCAGAUGGAAAAUAUGCUCAGAAGUUGUUUAAUGACCUUUUUGAAGAUUAUUCCAAUGCUCUCCGUCCAGUAGAAGAUACAGAUGAAGUCUUGAAUGUCACUCUGCAGAUUACGCUUUCUCAGAUUAAGGAUAUGGAUGAAAGAAACCAAAUUCUGACCGCCUACCUAUGGAUCCGCCAAAUCUGGCAUGAUGCAUAUCUCACAUGGGAUCGAGACCAGUAUGAUGGACUGGACUCCAUCAGGAUCCCCAGCGACCUGGUGUGGAGGCCAGACAUUGUCCUGUAUAACAAGGCUGAUGAUGAGUCUUCUGAACCUGUAAAUACCAAUGUGGUCCUGCGGUAUGAUGGGCUGAUCACCUGGGAUGCCCCAGCUAUCACCAAAAGCUCCUGUGUGGUGGAUGUCACCUACUUCCCCUUUGAUAACCAGCAGUGCAAUCUGACCUUUGGUUCCUGGACCUACAAUGGCAAUCAGGUGGACAUAUUCAACUCCCUGGACAGCGGAGACCUGUCUGACUUCAUUGAAGAUGUGGAGUGGGAAGUCCAUGGCAUGCCUGCCGUGAAGAAUAUGAUCUCCUACGGCUGCUGCUCUGAGCCUUACCCGGAUGUGACGUUCACGCUUCUUCUGAAGAGGAGAUCUUCCUUCUAUAUCGUCAACCUCCUCAUCCCAUGCGUCCUCAUAUCUUUUCUGGCCCCCUUGAGUUUUUAUCUUCCAGCAGCCUCUGGGGAAAAAGUCUCCCUGGGUGUGACCAUCUUGUUGGCCAUGACUGUAUUUCAGCUGAUGGUGGCAGAGAUCAUGCCAGCUUCAGAAAAUGUCCCUUUGAUAGGCAAAUACUACAUAGCCACCAUGGCCUUGAUCACAGCCUCCACUGCCUUGACCAUCAUGGUGAUGAAUAUCCACUUCUGUGGGGCUGAGGCCCGGCCAGUGCCACAGUGGGCCAGGGUGGUCAUCUUGAAGUACAUGUCCAGGAUCUUGUUUGUCUAUGAUGUUGGUGAGAGUUGCCUCAGCUCCUGCCAUGACAGGGAGCAGGACCAUCUCUCAAAGGUUUAUGUCAAACUCCCAGGGCCUAACCUGAAAACAACUGGGAACAAAGACCUUUCCAGAAAGAAGGAAAUGAACAAACUCUUCAAGAAUGACUUGGUGAGCCAGAGAGAGAACCCCCAGGGAGCUGACAGUUGCUGUGCACGGUACACAGCGCUGACAAGGAACAUCGAAUACAUUGCCAAGUGCCUCAGAGACCACAAAGCCACCAAUUCCAAGGGGACCGAAUGGAAGAAGGUUGCAAAAGUCAUAGACCGAUUCUUUAUGUGGAUUUUUUUCAUUAUGGUGUUUGUGAUGACUAUUUUGAUCAUAGCAAGAGCAGAUUAG